AUGUUCCUACACGCCACCAUCAUGGUCGCAUUCAUGGUCUUUGUUUGGGGCCACCAGUACAAUUUCAAACCUGUGCCUCAGUCCCUGUGUGACCAACCGGACCCGAUUUGGGGCGGUUAUAAGUACGCCUCCUUCACGAUGCUAUGGGAGUGA